AUGCUUACUUUUGUCGAAAAUCAACAUCCCAUGCUUAUUUUAUUUUUAAACAUUCGAAUGUGUUCAUGUAUGUCAUUAAAUUCAACAUGUGGUUCUUGCUUUCUUGCUCGUAAAACUGAUUUUUAUGUUGGAGCUGGAAUCGAUCGUGCUAGAGAGAUGGUUUUACAGUCAUUCGACAAACACAGUUUAGCAGCCAAAAAAGCGGCUGAAGAGUUAGAGAAAAAAAAAGCUUAUGAAGAAAAGCGUUUGGAGGAAAGGCGCGCUGCGCAAAAAGCUAAAGAAGAAGCUGAAUUAUUGGAGCCAAAAAUUCAAGAGAUAACGGACGAAGAAGCUGAGCGAAUAAUGGCGAAUGGAAAUAACCAAGAACAACCAUCGAAUUCUAGCGACAUUAAAGAAGCUAAAGAGAAUAACGAUGAAGAAGAAGAUGAUGAAGAAGAUAAGGGGAAAUUGAAGCCUAAUGCUGGUAACGGCUGUGAUCUUGAUGCAUAUCAAUGGACUCAAACACUUGGUGAAAUUGAGGUGCGAGUACCGCUACGAGUAGGAUUUCCUAUCAAAGCAAAGGAUGUCUUUGUCGAAAUUCGCAAGGAUAAUUUGAAAGUAGCAGUAAAGGGACAUGCUCCAGUUAUUGAUGGAAAACUGAGAGCAAGUAUCAAAACAGAGAGCGCAACAUGGGUGAUUGAGGAUAAAAAGGCGGUUAUCCUGAAUUUCGAAAAGUGUAAUAAUAUGGAAUGGUGGAACAAGCUGAUGGAAAAUGAUCCAGAAAUCAAUACGAAAAAAGUGAAACCUGAAAAUUCUAAACUAUCUGAUUUGGAUGGAGAAAUGAGGCAAAUGGUUGAGAAGAUGAUGUACGAUCAACGACAAAAAGAACUUGGAUUGCCAACAUCUGAAGAAAAAAAGAAACAGGAUAUUUUAAAGAAGUUCAUGGAACAACAUCCAGAAAUGGACUUUUCACAAGCAAAAUUCUCGUAA